AUGGCUUCUCUGGAUCGUGACAACGUAAAGGAAGCUAUCGAUGGCUGGAAGCCCGCACUUCGAGACGAUGGUCGAGUCGAUAUCGACACCGAUUCAAAACUCGUCAGAACUCUGUCCCUCAUUUUACCGAAUUCCCAGAAAAAAGCAUUUCAGGAUGUCGAGGAACCCCCUCCACCAUUCACGUCUUCAACUGCCGCGGACACACCGAUACUUUCGGUGGUCAAGUUAAACGUCGUCAUCCAGGUUGUGGGGAGCCGUGGCGACGUGCAGCCCUUUAUAGCCCUCGGAAACGAGCUCCAGAAACACGGGCAUCGGGUACGGCUCGCAACGCACAACACAUUCGAAAACUUUGUCCGUAAAUCUGGGCUGGAGUUCUAUCCCAUAGGAGGCGACCCGGCGGACUUGAUGGCGUACAUGGUGCGCAAUCCUGGCCUAAUACCAAGCAUGGACAGCUUGCGUGCCGGCGACAUUCAAAAGAAGCGCAAAAUGAUGGCCGAGAUGCUCAGGGGUUGUUGGGCGUCAUGUAUUGAGCCGGACCGCGCGACUUCCAUACCAUUCGUUGCCGAUGCAAUCAUUGCCAACCCUCCAAGCUUUGCGCAUCUGCAUUGUGCUCAGGCUCUCAGCAUUCCUGUACACCUUAUGUUCACAAUGCCCUGGAGCAUCACGAAGGCGUUCCCUCACCCUCUAGCCAACCUCACGGGCGCACAUACCGAGAUGCACAUGGCCAAUGCAGUCUCAUACUCUAUCGUCGAAUUUUUAACUUGGCAAGGACUCGGUGAUGUUAUCAACGAGUGGAGGACCGAACUAGAUCUUGAACAAAUUGCCUUCUCGGACGGACCUAACUUAGCGGAAACUCUCAGAGUCCCUUUCACUUACUGUUGGUCUCCGGCACUUGUACCAAAGCCGCAAGACUGGGGUCCGCAUAUAGACGUCUGUGGAUUUUUCUUCCGCGAGCCGCCAGAAUACACUCCGCCUCCAGAUCUCGAAAAAUAUCUCCGCGGUGGACCGCCUCCGGUCUACAUUGGCUUUGGGAGCAUUGUGAUCGACAAUCCAAAGGCACUUUCUGCAACGAUUCUUGAAGCUGUUCGCAUAACUGGGGUUCGUGCGCUCAUCUCGAGAGGCUGGAGUAAUCUUGACGGGCCUGAAUCGAGCCAAGUAAUGUUUCUUGGCGAUUGCCCUCACGAAUGGCUGUUUCAGCAUGUAGCUGCAGUCGUUCACCAUGGUGGUGCAGGUACGACAGCUUGCGGACUAUCGAAUGGUCGACCGACAACCAUUGUCCCAUUCUUCGGAGACCAGCCGUUUUGGGGCGACAUGGUUGCUGCAGCCGGAGCUGGGCCAAAACCUAUCCCCCAAAAGGAUCUGACCGUGGAGACCCUUUCCGAGGCCAUUCGAGUCUGUUUGACGCCUGAAGUGGCGGAGGCAGCCCGGAAACUUGCCAUGAGAAUGAAGGACGAAUCAGGCGUUAAAGCAGCGACUGCAGCCUUCCACGCCAACCUGCCGCUGAACGUGCUUGGAUGCGAUAUUUUGAAGGAACAACCUGCAGUAUGGAUGUAUCGACAUAAGAAUUCUCGCGUAAAACUAUCAAAGGCCGCGGCAGAGAUUCUGACAAGUCACCUUAAAGUUGACGUAGCACGAUUGAAAUUACAUGAGAUUCGCCCGAUAAUCAUUGAUUCACGACGAUGGGAUCCCUUGACAGGCACAGUGUCCGCCGCAAUCGGAGCGAGCCGCGACAUAGCCGUUGCAGCCUCCGGUGUUGUCGUCAAGCCAGCUGAGAUAUACAGGAAACGAUCGCGAAUAGCGUCAUCGGAGGUCUAUGAAGAGGAUGAUCCGGUGAAAUCAGGCCUGCCGCGAACCGGCUCACGUGGCGCAUCACCACCGCCUCUACGUCCUAGAGACAAGGAAAACAGGAAUUGUGCUAGUCUAACAUCUGACAUGGUACUUGCAUCGGUAUCCGGUGUCGGAGGCUUUUUCAAAUCCUCGGCUGGGGGUAUCGUGGCGGUACCCUACGCCUUCGCAGAAGGCUUCAGAAACAUACCGCGACUGUACGGCGAGGAGGUACGAGACCUUGGAGCGAUUCGUGACUGGAAGAGCGGAACAAUCGUAGGGGCGAAAGCAACAUUCUUCGGCGUGGUGGACGGCGUGUCGGAUCUGUUUGUUCUCCCGUACAAGGGGGCUCAAAAGGAUGGCCCAGUCGGCGCCGUGAAAGGUGUGGGCAAGAGUCUUGUUGGGGUCACGAGCAAGCUCUUCAACGUUGCGGUUGGUGUAGGAGCAUACCCCCUACGGGGGAUCUACAAGAGCGUAUGGACGUCCGCUCAUCAGGAUACUCAACGGUCUAUCCGACAGGCACGAAGGAUCGAAGGCUUCUACUUGGCAGAACGGAUGCGACAGGGUGGGUUUGAUGAUGCUCUUGUCUUACGUGCAUUUGAAAGUAUCAGAAAAGGGAGCUCCUUGGAUCUUCAAUUAGAAUAA